AUGGAAGCAAAUAAAUGGAAAUUUUCUAACCAAGACGAUCAGUCAUUGAUUUCAGAAAAGUUGAUCGGUAGCAAAUGUAUGUUUGACGAGGAGUGUUAUGGCAUGAAUGUAGUAUGUCAAGAUCAGCGAUGUACAUGUCCAACAAAUUUUGAAGAAUACGAUAUUGACGCACAGACUACAGUAUGUAGACUUGCACCCAGUAAAAUUGGUGAUAAUUGUCAGAGGGACUGUAAGCCGCCAUUACUGUGCCGCGACAACAAAUGUGAAUGCUGGGGAGGUAGUAUCAUUAAUGGCGCCUGUGUUGUACCUUGUCCACCCGGUAAACAGCUCUACGGAGUCGAAUGUCAACGGGUGGCACAUUGGGGACAGACCUGCGAGAAGGACAAUCAGUGCGUCGAUGUCUUCAAUGCCUGUAUCUCUGGAACCUGCCAGUGUGCGCCAGGCACGACGAGGGACGUGCUGCGACAAAUUUGUUUUGCUUUCUGCCCGGACGGCACUCUCCCAUCUCAGACAUGUCGGAGAUUGUUUAUAAAUGACGUCGAUAUGAUGGAAAAUGCUGCAUCUACUGAUAGCUGUCCGUUAGGAUACCGUUGUGUCACUUACGGAAGUCCAUACGUUGGUCACUGCUGCAGACUUCGAUGUCCUUAUGGUGAACCAGAUUUGAGUAAAUCUUGCGAUAUUGGAGCUCCAGAAGAACAACGGUGUCGACCAUUGACGCACCACUGUUACACAGUAACAGAGCCAGGUUGGAAGUCAAGCCUAUGUUGUCCAAAACCUUGUCGAGAACCAACUCCAUUAUAUAUCAAUGAUCAGUGCCUAAGCGUUGGACAUCGAGAUGACCCUUGUCAAAUAGAUCAGCAGUGCGAAGGUGGAGUAACAAUGUUAUGCCUCGCUGGUAUUUGCCAGUGCAAAGUUGGAUUUCAUCCUAAUAACGAUGACCGAUUUCAAACUUGCGAAAAAACUUGUAACCUUGAUGAAAUUUCUGUAAUGGAUCGUUGUGUCAAGCGUGUCAAUCUUGGGAGUCGAUGUGUAACCAGUAAACAAUGCCCCAACUUUUCAGAAUGUCGGUUUGGAACUUGUCAGUGUCUUUGCGGAUUCAAACAGGAUUCAUUAAUUGGUGCUCGAUGUACAAAUCCAGACGAUCCCUUUAGUUUAAAUGCAAUAUUGUCGGGGGUUGAACAGGUCUUUGGUGGUAAGGGAAGGUCAGCCUCAAAAAGAUCUCUAUAA